GGAACACAAGAUGAGUCAGGAACACAGACACAACGGAUGGACAGACACCCCCCUCCCAUGCCACGCCACGAAUCCGAUUUCCUCUCUGACUCCCUCUGACUGCCGAACUGAAACAACCCUCCUCUCUUUCGCUCUCCUUAGUUCACGCGAUGGCUACCCCGCACAGUGCUGCUCUCAUGCUGCUUAUCUGUGUGGCGUCGACCUGUGUAGAAGACGCUGAGGCACAACAGGUACACACAGAUUCAUUCAUUCAUUCGAUGCUUUGCUGUGCAUGGCCGACUCGUCUGUUCAGGUGCAUUUGCGUCGCGUGCAGGAGGCCUCACCGCCGAACGGCACGUCGCUGUCUGCGUCGGAGUAUGAGGCGCUGCUCGGCCUGCUGGGGGGCAAUGACACCACACAGCUCACCUCACUCUACCGGUGCGCACACACAUCUGCCAGUUGUUCAGGGCAUGACGAUUCCCCGUCUGUGUGUGUUCUGUGUAGGUCGUCUGUGCACGGCACUACCUAUGGUGAUUUGCUUCGCGGUAUGGGCGACGCAAAGCCUUUCGUGUUUGUGAUCAAGAAGGACAAGUAUGUGUUCGGCGCCUUUAUCAAUUGCAGCAUCCAGCUGCCUGACGACCCGACCAAGAGGCGCUCGACAGGAUGUCGUGUAUGUGGGAUUUCUCACUGGCCGGCCACUUCGACAAGCCGACCAAGAUAGACAUCGUCCCACUGCAUCAGUAUGUGGGGCAGAUUGUGUGGGCGUCGGGGAGGGAGGGGAGUGUGUUUGGUGCGAAAGUGUUCAUCGGUAGCGGUGAGAUUCUGAGUCUGGGUUACGGUGGCCGUUCCUUUUGGGAUGACCCGUCGGCUGACGACAUCCGCAGCUGCCGGCAGUACACCAGCAGCGACGAUAUGCCUGAAGGCUACACGGGAGAGAAGGAUGAGGAUGGCAAUGCUGUGUUGGGCGGGGCGAAGGACUUCAUGGCUGACGAGAUAGAGGUGUUGCAGGUGGACACGGAACAGGUAUGUAGACACGCCAUCCGCCCAUUCACUCGAUCGAUGCUUGGUGUGCAACCUCGCUGAUUUUUCCCACGCCUCUGUAUAGGCAUCCCUGCCUGCCGGCACGUCGCUGUCUGCGUCAGAGUAUGAGGGGCUGCUCGGCCUGGUUGGCAACGGCACUAAAAAGCUCACCUCACUCUACCGGUACGCAACACACACACACACACACACACGGAGAGAGAGAGAGAGAGAGAUGUGUGCAUGUGUGUGUGUGUAUGUGUGUGUGUGUGUGUGUAUAGGGCGUCUGUGCACGGCACCACUUACGGCGACCUGCUCCGCUAUGUGGGCUACGCGAAGCCUCUCGUGUUGGUGAUCAAGAAGAGUCAGUAUGUGUUCGGCGCCUUCAUCAGUGCCAGAAUUUGGCUGCCUGACGACCCCACCAGCUAUCGCAGAUACCUCUGUCACGUGUGGUUGUCCUCACUGGCCGGCCACUUCACCGCACCGACCAAGAUCGACAUACCACGAUUGGAUCAGUAUAUGGCGGUGGCGGGGAGGGAGGGGGAUGUGGCGGGUGCGAAUGUGGAUAUCGGUGGGACUCUGUGGUUGGGGGCUGGUAGUCGUGACAGUGGCCGGCCCGCCGCCGACGUCCGCCGCUGCGCUCAGGCCAUCGACAGCAACUAUGUGCCUGUGGGCUACAUGGGAGUGAGGGAACAGGAUGGCGAUUCCCCUUUUUUCGGCCAUACUCUGUUGGGUGGGUCAGAGUACUUCACGGCUGAUGAAAUAGAGGUGCUGCACGCGGGGCAGUGAGAGGUGGAUGUGUCGUCGAAUUUGAUGCGUGGACGUCGUACACUUUACCGAUCCGUAUAUCCGUGUGUGUCUCACUACGAGCGCUGCAUGAGACUCAUCGCCGUGUUGUCUCGCGGAACGUGUAGGCGUCACACAUGCAUUUGGUUCCUUUCAUUCUUUCGAUACGCACUUCUGCAUGUGUGUGUGCUCUUUUUCCUGCCGAUUUGGGUGGCAGUGACGCAAUCGUUCACGUUGUCGUUUUUUGUGUAUGUUGUGAUGAGUGGAUGUUGUGUGUGCACUGCCCGCCAGCCAGCUGUCGUCGUGCACAGCCCUGUCAACGUACCUGCGGCCAGCCAUUAUCCCCAUCCACCCUCUGAUAGGCAGCUAGGCAGGACAGACAGGCCGGCGGCCGUCAGGGGCCGCCCGCCUCAGUCAGUUGAGAAGAGGGAGGAAAGGGAGUCUGACCAAUAGACCGGCAGACACAAUCGAUUGAGCGUGCCAUUCAUUCAUUGUCGCUUUGGUGAAUGACUCGGCUGCGUACCUGGUUCCUCUUUGGGUCGUUACAGCACCUCACCACGCAGGCAUAUCAUCGACAUAAACGAG